AGGGGGGAGGGCAGACGGGGACAGGACUUUGGGGUUCGUUUGAAGAACGAGGCACCCUGCGGGGCACAAGCUAACGAAGGGAGUGGCUUCACAAUUCCGGAUAGUUGGAAGAGUGGCCCGCUGCGGGCGCCGAGGCUAACCCGGAGACUUGGGCGCGGCCAAUUAGAAUACAGACUGGGUCCGCCCAAAUGCCUUCACCGUGCCCUGUGACCGGGAGGGCCCGCGGCUGGGCAGCAGGGCAAGAAGCCACCUCGCCGCCGAAUCCCCGGGGCUGCCCGUCCAGCUCGGUCAUGGAAACUGCCAGCACCCCUGAGGCUCCGGGGACAGCUACACCUCAGGAUUACUACAACCUGGACCUCAUCUGUGACACUCCUUUCCUUUCAGGCAAAUACAUUGCCUCAACACAGAGGCCCGACGGGACCUGGCGCAAGCAACGGAGGGUCAAAGAAGGAUACGUGCCCCAAGAGGAGGUCCCAGUCUAUGAAAACAAGUAUGUGAAGUUCUUCAAGAGUAAGCCAGAACUUCCCCCAGGCCUGAGCCCUGAGGCCACCACACCCAUCACCCAGUCCAGACCUGAAGGUGGUGAAGCAGGCCUCUCCAAGACAGCCAAACGCAACCUGAAGCGGAAAGAGAAGAGGAAGCAACAGCAGGAGAAAGAGGCAGAGGCUUUGAGCAGGACUCUUGAUAAGGUGUCUCUGGGAGACACAGCCCAGACGCCCAGUGCUCUCCAAGGCUCCCAGGCCACCCCUCUAGCUGCCUCUGAUGCAUCUGACUCUGUUGCCACCACAGAGAAAGCCAAGAAGAUCAAGAACCUAAGGAAGAAGCUGCGACAGGUGGAGGAGCUGCAGCAGCGCAUCCAGGCCGGGGAGGUCAGCCAGCCCAGCAGAGAGCAGCUGGAGAAGCUGGCCCGGAGGAGGGCCCUGGAGGAGGAGCUGGAGGACUUGGAGCUUGGCCUGUGAGGCUUCCUGAGUAAGGGAGUGGACUGCAGAACAGACCAUGGGGUGCUCUGGGGUCCAGGGAGUGUGGGCCGCAGCAGUCAGGAGGGGCACCCCCACACUGGCUCACUUCCACCUCCUGUGGCCCGACUCUGUCCUCCAGAGCCUAGGCUCUUCUUCCUUCUCCUUUCUUCUCAGCUCCUGUUUUUGGACUUGUUCCCUCCCAUUCCCAGCGUUCACAAUCUCAGUGAUGACCCUAGGUGCCUCUGCUGCUGACCUGGGUGUCUUGUUGAAAAGAAAACCGGGGGGUGGGAGUCUACUAGAGAUCUGAGGUUGAGGGUACAGGGAGUACCCCGAGUCUUGGAGUCUUGGUUCCUGUUCACAGUGUUUUAUGAGUUUCUUCCCUGGCCAUCCCGAACUUUUUUUUUUUUUUUUUUUUUUUUAAAGAAAGUAAGAAUAAAUUCAAGUAGACAACAUGUGGUCAGGCUUUGGCUCUGUUCUCAACUCUUAUCCUGUCAGUUUGGUGAGGGCCUUGCACGUGGGAGCUCCACCAUUGACCUCCAUCCCUAGCCCUAAUAUUUUAGUCUUAAAGGCGCAGUUGGCUAUGGCUGUGUGCACCCACGGUCAUGCCCCGGAGGCAGUGGCCAACCUGGGUAAGACUGUCUCAACAAAGUAAUGGAUGUCAAAGUUAGCCUCAGUAAACAGAAGUUAGUGUUGGAAUCUAGUGAAAUUUAGAGUAAGGUUAAUCUGACAUAUCAGUGCCCUUGUGCCACAGAGCAGUAAGUCAGCUCUGCCUUCCCCACUGCAUCUCAGGGUAUGUGAUCUAUUCAGAUGCCUGCAGCAGCUCUGAAAUCUCCUCCUGGUUGCUGCCUACCACGACACCAUGGGCAAAGUCAUGAUAGGUGUCAAGAUGCAGCCAAAAGAUCUGCUGUUCAAUUCCUGUUUUACCCUUGCUCCAGCUGUGCCACAGACUAGUGAGAAGAAAGGGAGAGGCCGCAACCAUGGCUGGCUCUCGGGCAUCCAGAGGCCCAAGUUUGACUCCUAAGUCCCACCAAAACCAACUCCUUACCCUCUCCAGUCCUUUUUUAGCUCUUGAGUCUUUGGGAAUCCUUCCCUUACCAUCCCCUCACCCUCAAAUAUGAACGAAGUUCAUCUUUUUUUUACCUGUCUCUUGUGUGUUCUGUGUGUGUAGAAACACAUGUAUGUGUGCCCAUGACUGUAUACACAUGUAGAGGAGCCACCACCUUGUUUUUUGAGGCACCGGGCCGGGCCUGGGGCUUGCUCGCCAAUUCUGCUAGGCUGACUGGCUAAUGAGUCCCAAGAAUGCACUUGUCUCUGCCUCCCUAGACUAGCUCCUCCAACCGCCAGGGAUGAAUUCAGGGCCUCAAGCUUGCAUUUUACUGACUGAGCUGUCUUUCCUACCGGUAAUGGUAAUUGUCAGUGCUAUAUUAUGUUUGUUUACUUCUCAACCAUCCCUCAUUAGACCAAGAGUUCUUCUAGCUUCUAAACUAGUUGGCUAGUUUGAAGCAGGAUCUCUGUGUAUCCUUGGCUGGCUUGAGCUGGAAUUCACUGUGUAGAUGAGGCUGUGAUUGUCCUGCUUCUACUUCCCCAGUGCUGGAAUUACAGCUAUUGUGGGCUAUUGUAUUCCUAACAGUUAAAUUCUCAAGUGUCCAGCUGAAAUCAGGCUUGGAGCCACACAUAGAAAAGAACACAGCUAACAAAAAAGACUCAGCUGGAACCAAUGAAAGACCAAAAGCCUGAGUUUCAUUUUGUAGGAACCCAGUAAUCAUACAUACAUAUCAUAUAGGCUCCUGAAGGAUGGGUAGGAUGAAGUUAGGUGUCAGAGUGCUUACCUAGUAUGUACAAAGCCCUGGCAGUAAUUCCCAGAACCACAUAAAACAGCAAUAAAGCACAGGCCUGCAGUCCCAGCUCGCUGGGAGUAGAGCAAGAGAGAAGUUAAAAGACGUCACAAUUCAGGCUGGUGCUAAUGUGAGACAAAUUUUUGAGUGAGUCAAGGUUGUCCCUGAGCCCACACACCUACUUUGCAGGACUUGUGGGUGUGGAUCUGCCUGACUCCUGUGCUGGACAGUUUUAUGUCAACUUGACCCAAGCUAAAGUCAUCCGAGAGGAGGGAACCUCAAGAAAAUUUCUCCAUAUGACAGGGCCGUUGGCAGGCCUGUAGGGCAUUUUCUUACUGGGUGGUGCUAUCCCCAGGCUGGGGGUUCUCAGUUUAUAAAAAGGCAGGCUGAGCAAGCCAUGGGGAGUAAGCCAGUAAGGAGCACCCCUCCUCGGCCUCUGCAUCAGUUCCUGCCUCCAGGUUCCUUUCUCUUGGAGUUCCUGUCCUGACUUCCAUGAUGAACAGUGAUGUGGAAGCAUUAAGCCAAAUAAACCCUUU